GCCACUACAAGGAUGGAAAUGAAGCCAUUAUGAUUUGCCUGUGCAGUGUGGCAGCUCCCUGUGCAUCACUGGUUUGCCAUCUUUGAAGAGGGAGGAGCAGUGCAAACGAAACUAAAGGUGCUUUCUGACGAUGGCUGCAGACUGACCCAUAACCCAUCUCACACUACAGCUGUUCUUUUAAAGGUGAGCUCCAGGGAAGAAAUGUCUGGAGGCACAACAUAACUCUGGGAUGGGUGACGAGCUCUCCCUGAAAUCCUCAGCAGUUAGCAAGUGCCAGAUGGAGUUUGGUCUGAGGUGCCAUAUGUGUCUUACAUACCCAUGUAUCUUGAGGAAAUCAUCAGAGUCUUUUGAUCUUCUGCUGAAGCCCUGUAUGUCAGUAAGCAACAGAGCUUGCCUUCACCUUCACUUCACUCACAAGUGGGAAAAAAUACAUGUUUGAUGGAACAUGCGUGACCGUAACCUUGCUAAGGGUGUGCACACUGAUGGACUCAGCUUGGAUUUCAGAAACAACCAUGUACUCAAGGAAAAUAGUUGAGGGGUCUGUUAUUCUCUGUUACUUUCAUCACAGUGAAAAAUGAAAUGAUGGCCAGUAACCCAUGUGCCAGGCAGCCCCAGCCUGCACUCGGCAAGCCGGCCGGACUUGACCCCUGCCACUGAGGCAGGGAGGAGGGAGGAAUCACCCCAGCCUGCGCCAUGGCCUCACCCCGGCACGCUGGCCCUCCGGAUGGAGGCUGGGGGUGGAUGAUCGUUGCUGGCUGCUUCCUUGUCACUAUCUGUACCAGGGCUGUGACGAGGUGCAUCUCCAUUUUUUUUGUGGAGUUCCAGGCAUACUUUGGGCAGGAUUAUGCCAGAACAGCUUGGAUCCACUCCAUUGUCGACUGUGCUACGAUGUUCUGUGCCCCGCUUGGGAGUUUAAUCAGUAAUCAUGUAUCCUGCCAAGUUGGUAUCAUGCUAGGAGGGCUGCUUGCAUCUACUGGACUAAUUCUGAGUUCAUUUGCCACCAGCCUGGAACAUCUCUACUUAUCAUUAGGAGUCCUUACAGGACUUGGGUUUGCACUCUGCUAUUCUCCAGCCAUUGCAAUGGUGGGCAAAUAUUUCAACAAAAGAAAAGCACUGGCAUAUGGGAUAGCGAUGUCAGGAAGUGGAAUCGGUACCUUCAUCCUGGCCCCUGUGGUCCAGCUCUUAAUUGAGCAGUUUUCCUGGCGUGGAGCUUUACUCAUCCUGGGAGGUUUUGUUUUAAACCUCUGUGUCUGUGGUGCCUUGAUGCGGCCUAUUGCUCUUAAGGAGGACCGUAAAACUGCUCCUGAGUUUCUUGAACAGGAUUAUGUCCCUGAAGCACAGAAAAGAGACUUAAAGCAAAUGUCCAUCUGUUCACCUUUAAUCAAAGUGUGGUCUCAUGAAUGUUUAUGCUACUGUUCAUGGAAGGAAUAUGACUUUUUACUGAUGCCAGGCUUCAUGGUGCUGGCAGUGUCAGUUUUAUUUAUGGCAUAUGGCUGUAGCCCUCUUUUUGUCUACCUGGUGCCUUAUGCCUUGAGCGUUGGAGUGAGUCAUCACCAGGCUGCCUUCCUCAUGUCCAUACUUGGUGUCAUAGACAUCAUUGGUAAUAUCACCUUUGGAUGGCUAACAGACAGAAGGUGUCUGAAGAAGCAUCGGCACUUUUGCUACCUCUUUGCUGUGGGAAUGGAUGGCCUCUGUUGUCUUUUCCUGCCAGUUCUCCAAAAUUUCCCCUUGCUUGUGCCUUUCUCAUUCACCUUUGGCUACUUUGAUGGAGCCUAUGUAACGCUGAUCCCUGUUGUGACGGCAGAUGUAGUGGGAACUUCUGCCUUAUCAUCAGCACUGGGUGUUGUGUAUUUUCUGCAUGCCAUACCGUAUCUAGUGAGUCCGCCUGUUGCAGGUUGGCUUGUGGACACAACUGGCAGCUAUACUGCAUCAUUCCUCCUGUGUGGAUUUUCCAUGAUAUUUAGUUCAACAUUACUGUGCUUUGCAAGACUAGCAAAGAAAAUCAAAAGAACACGUUUGUGGUCACUCACCAAUGAUACUGGCACCAAACAGCACCUCUGGACAAAUGGAGCAAUAGCUUAUUCUGUCACAGCAGGAUUAGACCAAAAGGAUGUUGAAUUUUUGGCUGUGGAUACAAACAGCUACAGCAACAGAUGACAAGCACCAUCAGGAUUCAGCACUACACAGCCAUGACUGAGAGGUGGCUCUGUAGUGUUACACUGUUGGAUACUACUUGUGAAACAAGGCAUCUUGCAAUUAGAUUUUUCUGUUGUGUUUCAGUUGGCUAAAAUCUACAUACAGCGCCAGUAAUACCAAGUUAAUGCAGUAAUAGAAGAAAGCUAAACAGAAAAUAGAGUUUGUAGAUACAAAUGGUCACAGAUUUAUUUGAAAUGCAGUAUGUUGACUCCACAGGUUAUCUCAAAGAUGAUAAUUGGCUCAUCAAAAGCAAACUAUAAGGUAAUCAGUCACCAAAACUGAACAAUUAAGUUGAAAUUAUUUCAGAAUAGUAUUAAUGAAAUAAGCUUUUUGAUAUUCUAUUAUGGUCGUUCAUUAUGUUUCAAUGGACUAAUCAUACACACACCCCAUCAAAAAACCUCCACAUUUAUCAGUCUGCAUUAAACUCUUUGCAAAUAACUCCUUCAAAUGCCAAAGCCUUUUUUUUUUUAGAAAAAUCUGUCAGGAAACUGUGAUUUAUACUGAAAGUAUCUCUGGAGCAGCUUUAAUUUUUACAGUGUGCCUGAAUUUUGUACAUAAGUUGGAAUUUAAUUUCAAAUAUGGUUCUAUACCUACUUUCCCAAGCCCCUACAGCAAAAUUUUGAAGUGAUUGUUGCUUUUUUUCCCAGAUAUCUUUAAAGCUUGAAUUUUUAAACAUUGGCAUUCCAUGUAUGAUCUUCCAGUUGAUCCUUGACUGGGAGGGUGGAAGAGGUGCUGUGGCUCCUCUACUAUCUGAAGAGGAGUAAAUUUGUGCCAGAGGACUAGGCAUGCUGAUAGACAAACCUGCUUUAGCUGCAUUAGUUGGAAUAAGCCCAAAGACAGCCCAGGAGACAAGAGGAGAGGCUUGUGUUUUGACAAAUACAGAGCCUCUUCCUCCUGUGAAAUCAGUAGCUGUUGAAGAAAUUUAGAGUCUGUGCAAGCAAAUGACUGAGAAACUGCCCACUCGACAGACUAUUAGUAAAAAGGAUGUUGGCAGACAAAAUUGUUUCUGUAUAUUCCAGUGGCAAGUCUGUCUCUUCUUGGACCCAGGAGCUGUAUCUUCAGAUGGUGCAAAUUACUUGUUUGUGCCAACUGAAGAGCUGCUCAAGUCACUUGUCCUGCAUGGCCAGAACACAAUGAUUUGCUGAUGGUUUCCUGCUACUUGUGUGAGGAAUAAACUAUAGCUGGCUUCUUCACAGGAGCUGUAGCUUAUGGGGUAAUUUACUGAUUUGAUGAUUUAAUAAAUAAUGGGAUGUUUCUUCCAGAGUGAAACUUGUCAACAAUGGAGGAACUUCACAUUCUGCAAUGCAAAUCACUUCUGUGUUUUGAUGCUGUAUAAAGCUGCAUUCUGUUCAUUAGCAAAUUGAUGAGCGUCAAAUAAUUUUUACCAAUGCUGGACUAGUAGUUUUGCUAAUCAUCUGCAAUGUAUUCAAUCGUUGCUCAUAGCGUUCUAUUCCAGUUUGUGCCUCAGAAGGGAAAUCAAAAUAGACUGAUGUUCACAAAUUCGAUUUAGAUCAUGAGUACAGCCAUAGUGGUAUACUGUAUUUUUUAUAUAUAUAUAUGAAUAGUAUGCAUAUCAAGUAUUUCUAUUAUUAGUGCAUAUUUUAAAUAUAACAUAUUAAAAUUGUCUGACUAUAGUUGUCUAUGCUCAAACAAAGCAUUUCUUGCUGCCCUGCUUCAGAAGUGUGAUCAAAGCCAGUAGCGUGACUUACAAGCACAGAACACAGAUUAAGAGAUGGGAGUGCAAAACCUGCUUAAAACUAAUGACAUAACCCUUUUUUCAGCUCUGUGUGGUAACUGAGCCCUGGGCCCUAAUUUUGAUUUUAACAUACAUGAUAAAAAAAAGAAAGAAAUUAUCCAUGAGUAUUUUUUAAUGAGUUAGGAAAAAUAUGCACAUUUGAGAGGGAAAAAAGGUGGCUUUAUUAAUUAGUAGUGAUGAAGAUAUUGGCUUAGAUCUUAAUAAAGAAGUUUAUAUCAAAAAGUAGGGAAUGUGUGGUCUACAAAGAAGAUAAGCUAUUACAAGGAGUUAUAGGUUACUGCUGUCAUUUACUUUACAAAAAAUUUAUUACUUUUUUUACCACAUCACGACAUGUCAGCAAUUGUUCAUGCUAGAACAGCAUAUUAUAAAAGCCUUUUGGAAUAAUAGUAUAUGCAUUCUUAUCCUAGUAAACAAUACUAUGUAAUAAAUUACCAGCAUUUUUUUUUUUUACAUUUCAAGGUAUUUUUUCAUAGGCUUUUCUGUUUUGUGUUUAACUUAGAAUU